AUGGGUACGACUAAGGGUUGUGCUUUGAUCUUAGAGGUGAAGCAUGCUGAAAAAUUACAAGCUUUGAAGCACGGAAAUGAUCAAACCUGGGUGACUUCCUUGGCCUAUAUCAAUAUAGAUAGUCGCUAUCGAAUGAUAGCCACCGGCGACGGAAAUCGCGAACAGCGCACAAGGAUCAUACUUUGGAUCGAGGAGGAUGAGAAGGACAUCUCGUUUAAAUUUCCCAAGCUCUGGUAUAUCAUGCCAAAACUAAAUUGGGCAGGUAGUCUUUACCUUGAUGGGAUUGAUCUUCGCUUUAUCAUUGUGGUUUUCGCCUUUGUGGUCAGAAGCUACGUCGGAGAAGUUUUCAGUGUACUUCUUCAAAUCAUCUCCUUCUGGGGCACCGUUCGCUUCUCCAUCUCCUGUGAUACCUGCUGCUGCAUCGUCACCUAUUUUGACAAAAGUCACCAAACUGUUCGACGCCUUGGGAGAGUUACUAGUGCGUGUCAAUAG